UUUUAAUCUAAUAUUUUAAGAUAAAAAUUAAAAAAGUAAAAAAUUGAAAAGAAGUAAUAAUACAAUGAUUACUUUAAAUAGUUUUAAUGAUAUUUUAAUAAAAUUAAUUAUUACAACAUUCUGUACUGCAGUAGUUGAUGCCUUUGACAUUAUAGAUUCUUCUUGCUUAGCUUUUCCUUUCUGUUAAAUAUGCUCUACUAGUUCAUGUUUAAUAUGUAUAGAGGGAUAUUAACUUAGCUAAGAUAAUCUGUGCUAACUUAAUACAAAUAUUUAAAAUAAGUACCCGAAGAUAGGCUUUUAUUUUGAUACUCUUUCUUAAUAAUUAUAAUUAUGCCAUCCAUCGUGUGAGAUGUGUAGAGGACCUUAUUAAUUUUAGUGCUUAGGAUGCAUUUAAGGCUAUUAAGAAAUAAUUUCAUAUUCAGAUAUGUUUUAUUGUAUUAAAUGUGAAGUCAGUAACUGCAGCAGAUGUGAUACAGAUGGAAAAUGCUUAGAAUGUAUUCCCUAAUUUUAUUUAGAUUAAAAUUCCAAUUAGUGCACUUAAUGUUAAACUUAAAAUUGCUAAAUUUGCAGUAGCGUAAGCACUUGCGUUUAAUGUUCUAAAGGGUAUAUUUUAUCAGGCUCUGGAAAUCAAUGUAACAUCGAAUCUGUAAAUGCAAUAUGCUAAAUUUAAAGAUGUAAAUCGUGCAACAAAGAAGGUUAGUGUAAUUUGUGUUAAGAUGGAUUCUUUUUAUAAAAUGGUUUAUGUAAAUAAUGCUAGUAGCCUUGUUUAACUUGCCAAGAUGAAAGCACAUCAUGCAAAUCUUGCCAAAGAGACGCAUAUAAAGAUUAUUAUCUCUAAGGAACUUAGUGUGUUAUGAGCUGUAAUCAUCAAUUUUAUGCUUCUAAAUAAUUAGGUAGGUGCGUUGAAUGCUCUUCAGCAAUCGAAGGUUGCUUAACUUGCCUUGAUUAAUUUACUUGUACUUCUUGCAUUGAUUCUAUAAAUUAUACUAUAUAAAACAAUAAAUGUGUGAGAAAGUGCAAGCCAAAUUAAUUCGUUCUGAUGAAUAGUCUACAGUAAAUAAAAUCCUUGUAAUAAAGAAGAUUAUGGGAAUUGGAUUAAGAUUCUGUAAUAAACUCUUGCUAAAACUGCUCACCUGAAAUAAACUCUGUAUGCAAAUAGUGUAUAGGUUUGCCAACAUAUUGCGAAAUUUGUUAAGAUGGCUAUUUUAUUUAUAACGGAAAAUGCCUUAACUCUUGUCCACCAAAGACAUACUCGCUUACUAAAUCAAAAUUAAAGAAAUGCUUCGAUUGCAUGGAAGGAUGUAAACAGUGCAUAAAUGGGAAUACUUGCCUUUAAUGUGAAGAUUCUUUCUAAUCAAACUCAAAUCAGCAAUGCCAGAUAAAAUAUUAAUAUGCAUUAUCUAACUAACCUAUUAAAUGUCUUUAAAAUUAAGUAUUUUUUAAUGGUUUUUGCAUGCCCUCUUGUCCUUCUGGAACUAUUCCUUUCAAAAAUAAAUGCUAAGCUUAUGAUUCUUGUGAGAUAAUUUCAUUUGACAUCGGAUAAUAAAUUGCAGUAUGCUAAAAAUGUAAAGAUUCAAGUAAAUUUAUAUAUCAAGGAUACUGCUUAUCUUAGUGCCCGAGGUUUUUAAAUACAGCCUCUGCAAAUGGUAUAUGCCUUCCAAAAUGUGAUAGUGACUCCUUAACUUUACUUUAAGAUUAUUCAUUCCCUUAAUGUGUAAAGGAAUGCCCUUUAAAUAGCAUAAUCUCUGGAUAUUAGGAGCUGAAUUAACAGUAUUGCAUUUAAACAUCCUGUAAAUUAGGUGAAUAUUUUGAUACAAUCGAUUAUUUUAGCUCUGAAAAUAAAGAUUCAAAGUAAAUGUGUAAGCAAUGUCAUCCUUCUUGUUUAACAUGUAAUGGACCUACAUAAUACGAUUGCAUAGAAUGUACAACAGGGUUAGUCUUUUAAGAGUAUUAUUUAAAUAAUGACCUAAAUCCUUUACUAAUGCAAACCAGAGUAAACUAUGCGAACUCUACAGUAACUACUAAAGCGAGUAUUCGAAUUUGCUAAAAUAAUUGUAAUUAUGGAUACUAAAAAUCAUUUAAUGGGGUAUGCAUAAAAUGCUAAGAUUUAAUAUAGUGCUUGAAAUGUCCUUCAUUUAGCUACAUUAAUGGUAAUAAAUGCUAAGAUUCGUGCUAGUCUGAUCCAUCACUUAUUGAAAAAAUAGAUACAAAAAGCUUUUCCAAUGAUUUUUGUGAUUAAAGACCAGGCUUAGUUUUGUAUGUGAGUUGCUCUAAAAAAAUAGGAAAUAUUUGUUUAUCAGCAAAGUUUCUAACUAUUCAAGCUAUAGCUUAAAUAUCUUCAUUUAACAAUAAUCAAUCUAGCUUAGUAUGCAACACUUCCUAAAAAUUCUAGCUUAUAGUUUAAUUUGAUGAUAAUUUAAAUUUGUAUAAUAUAACGGGGUUUAAUCCUUAAAUUUAAAAAUUCAGUGUUUCUUGUUCUUUAAAAGAUUAAAAUAAGUAAUUGUAUGGAGCCUCAACUAAAAUAAUUGAAUUUCUUGGUAAUUUUACAGGAGAUUUUUCUAUUUCAACAGAUAAAGCUAAUUCCUAGUACGAUUAAAUAAAUUUCAAUUUAAGUAAUUUCAGAAUCCCUAAUUUGCUUAAUAAUUAGUUGAAUUUUUCUGUGUAAGUAUCGACUAAGUAUAUAGAUCUCUCUGGAAAAGAAUAAAUUUUUGAUAUAUUUUAAGCAAAUUAGUAUUUAAACAGCAAUUUUCUUCCAUAAUAUAGAAAUUAGAAUCUUAGUUUAUCUUCUAAUUUUAGUUUUCCUCUCUUUAAUUUCAACUAGUAGCUUUAAAUCAAAGCUGAAAUAUUUUCUAUUGUAUAAGGAGAAAGGAUAAAUUCGUUUUAUUCAAAAUACAUUACAGUUUAUUCAAAUAAUUAAAAUAUGAAUAAUUCAAAAAUAAUUGUACAAUACAACAAAUAGGAAACAGUUAAGUAAAUUAUAUCAUACAUACUAACAAACUAUUCAGACACUAGCUUAAACGAUUUUUCUUCGAUUUAUUAAAUAAAUGACAUUUUAAAUUACACUUCAAAUAAUGUUAGCUCUGACAUAGAAGUCCAAAGAGAUGUUAAUAUCUUAAAGUCUUAUAAUUAUGGAUUUAAUUAGCAGUUUAUAGGGUGUGAUAGCAACAUUACAUGCAAUAAUUAGGGUAAAUGUGGCUUGAAUCGUAACUAUUAUACGAUGUGUGAGUGCUUUGACAAUUAUAUAGGAGAAGGAUGUUCAUGGUAGAAUAACUAAUUAUUUACUAACGCUUUAUAAUAUGUUGAAUAAUUUACUACAAACCUUUUAAUUUCGCAGAUGGCUCCAUAUAAUAUUAGCAUGCUAGAAUUAAAAUAUUCUAUUUUACUUACAUUGAUGAAGUCAAGAUAAAUAUUUACAUAGACCAGCUUUUAAAAUAUUUACACAAUCUUAUAUUAACUAGAUAGUGAUAUGCUUAAUUAGCUGUCUUUAAGUGGUAUUUAAAAUAUAUUAGAAAUAUACAGUUAUUUGAUAGAUUUAGCAAGGUAAUUUAAUCUUAUGAAAUAAAUUAGUGGAAAUAUAGUAAAUUUAAUAGAAAAAACUGUAAUAACCUACUUUAGGAAAGUUUAAGGGAAUAUGACAUUUGAAAGCUCUAAUUUAUACAUAUAAUUUUAAUACAUAUAUAAUUCUAAUAAAGAUUUAACGAUCCCUUUUACACAAAACCUAAAAUUUAUAUUAAAAUUCAAGAAAAGAUAGCUUUAAUAAACAUAAUUUUAAUUUAAUAAGUAUUAUUUAGUUUCUUUUAAUUUACCGAGCGAUGUUUUCAUUACAAAUCCAAUUGAAAAUUAAUUUGCAAAUAAUAAUAAUGUUAUUGUGGCUCUAUCACCUGUGACAACAAACAGGCUAUUAUACACAGAUUAAAAUGGUAUGGUUCAUCAAGAGCAAAAUUUAUUUUUUAGCUUGGAUGCUAGUUUAAAAGGACCUUAAGGAAAAGCAAUUAAAUUUAGUCCUGAAUGCUAUAUUUUUACAAAUAAUCUUACAUAUCUAGAUACAAUAAGCAAUUUAAAUUUUGAAAGGAUAAAUGAUUUUUCUUAGCUACAGUGUGAAAACAUCGGGUUUAAUUCUACAUUUAUAGGACUUUAAUUAUCCCAAGAUUAUAUAAAUUCAAUAGAUUCAAGCUAAGAAAAUAAUAAAAACAACAUAUUAUAAUCUAUAUCAGAUGAUGGUGAUUCUUUUUAUUCUCUAAAAGUUGGUUUGAUUGCUUCUUUUAUAAUCAUAUCUCACAUGAUGUUUUUUUUUACAAAAUUUUUUUGUAAAGGAAAAACUCUUAUCUAUACCUGCAUUUUGACAAAAUAAUCAGAUGAAACUGCAAUUCCUAAUUAAUCUAAUGUAUAAAGCAACACUCAAAAACAAGAAAUAUAAUAGAAAAAUCAAUUUAACUGCACAAAUAUUAAAGAGCAAAUGAACCAAAUUAACAUUAUAAAAGAUAAGGAUCAAUUAAAUUCCAAUCAAAAUAAAAUUCAAAAUAAAUAUAUUAAGAGAAAAGAAAGCUUGAGAAUUAUAGCAGGUAUAAAAAUGGAUACUUCUUAGGAUUUCAAAUAGUAAUAAUAGUAAGAUCAGUAAUAAUAAUAUUAAAUAAAACAAAGAGAUGUACCAUUAAUAUAAGAAGUUUGUUUAUAGCCUUAGAUAAUAUCUUAAAUAGUAGAAAAACCAAUUUAAAUAAAUAAUCAAAAUAUCUAAUCGUUAAGUAAUUGCUCAAUGAGUCCUGACUCAAUUCAAAUUGUAUUUCAAAAUAAUUUUAUCCAUCAAAAUUAAAAUAAAGAAACUAUUAAAUAAAGUAAUACCUUUAGCAUAGUAUCAAAUAAUGCUGAAUAAAAUCAACAAUCUAUCCAAGUAAACUAAAAUACCUCUCCAAAAUAAGACAAUAUUAUUAAAAUUAGCAAUAAUUAAAUAUUUGAUAAAAUAUUUUUCUACCACUCUUUUACCUGCUUCAACAUAAGUUUUGAAUACUGUCCAAACUACUUCAGAGUAAUGCACUUUGCUCUUAAUUAUUAUAUGAUAGCUUCUUCAAAUAUACUUGUCCUAAGUUUCUUACAAAGAUACAAUUUAGAAUAAAUAGAUUAAGUAAUAGUUUCUGUCAUUUUUGGUAUGGCUUUUACCUAUUUAAUCUCCUUUUUAGUUCUCUUAAUAUUUUAAGCUAUUUUUAGGUUUCUUAAAAGUGAAAAUAAACUGUCAAAUUUACAACUAUUUUAAUAUUAUUUAGUGUUUGCUAUUCUAUUUGCUGUAGGAUCAGUUAUAAUAUCUUAUAGCUCCUCUGAGAGUUCCUCGUAUAGUGUUUUAUCAUAUAUCAUAUCUAUCAUAAUUUCAAUAUCUUUAGCAAUUAUUCUAGAAUCUAUAUCACUUCUGUUUUUGAAAUAUCAUAAAUCAUAGAGAAUACUUUAGCUUAUUAGAUACAGAAGUCUGGAUUUCUAAAAAUGAAGGAAU